GAAGACGGUCGAACUUUCAGAUUAGAUUUGCACUUGCAACACAAUCACAUAAUAUUAUUAUUAUUAUUUUCUUAUGUCUCGGUUUUUGUUAGUCGUAUGACGUGUUGUGUUUAGUACGGUUGAAGUGCUUGGGCAGUCCACAACUGAAUUAUUAGUGGUAUAUUUCAGGUCAAAUUCCACGUAUCGUUCCUUCGCACUACGAGAUAAGAUUACUGUUAAACAAAUAAGCAUCCCCCGGUGUCGAAUUUGCUCAUAACAUAGAUCAACUAGGUUUAGUACGGAAGGAAAAUGGUUUCAGCUAAUGCAAAUCAAUUGCGAUACGAUGGCCGAGUUGUGGUCAUUACCGGUGCCGGGGCCGGAUUAGGACGAGAAUAUGCAUUGCUGUUCGGUUCUCGCGGUGCAAAAGUAGUCGUGAAUGAUUUGGGUGGUAAUUUUCAUGGUCAAGGAAAAUCGAAUGCUGCCGAUAAUGUGGUGCAGGAAGUCCGAGCGGCAGGUGGAACCGCGGUUCCAGACUACAACUCGGUGGUGGAUGGUGAUAAAAUUAUUCAGACCGCCAUGGAAGCUUUUGGCAGGGUUGAUGUUUUGGUCAACAAUGCGGGUAUUUUACGUGACAAGAGUUUGGCUCGUAUUUCGGACGAAGAUUGGAACCUUAUUCAUGAUGUACAUCUGAAAGGUAGUUUCCUUACAACGCGGGCUGCCUGGGCAAUUAUGAAGAAACAAAACUAUGGCCGAAUAAUUAUGACAUCCAGUAACUCCGGUAUCUAUGGGAACUUCGGUCAGGCUAAUUACAGUGCGGCCAAGCUGGGCUUGAUUGGAUUAGCAAACACGGUUGCAAUUGAGGGAGCGAAAAAUAACAUUAAAUGCAACGUGAUUGUGCCAACAGCCGCUUCAAGGAUGACCGAGGGGAUCAUCCCGGAAAUUCUGUUUAAUGAGCUGAAACCCAAACUAAUUGCCCCGGUGGUUGCUUAUCUCUGUCACGAAUCUUGUGAAGAUACUGGGGCGAUAAUUGAAAGUGCAGCUGGUUGGGCAACCAAAGUUCAUUUUGUCAGAGGAAAAGGCUCAAUUCUACGAACAUCAAUUGAUGAGAAUGUUACGCCCGAGUAUGUCAAAAGUGUUUGGGAUAAGGUGACUGAUAUGUCUGAUACGAAACAUUUGAAUACCAUCACUGAUGCAAGCCUAGCAUUGGCGGAUGUACUGGAAAAGCUUCGUGAAGGAAAAUUUGGAGAAAACUCAGUGACGGAGUCCUUUAAGUUCAACUUUAAGGACGUUAUCCUGUACGCUCUAGGAGUGGGAGCAACAGUAACAGAUGAAAAUGAUUUGCGAUUCUUGUAUGAGAACCACCCAGAUUUUUCAGCCAUUCCAACGUUUUUCAUUCUUCCUGGCUUACUCUCGGUUAUGGGAUCAAACCUAACCGCGACCGCAAUUCCUCAUGCUAGCUUUGAUUUAACCAACAUUUUGCACGGAGAACAAUAUAUCGAAUUAUUUGAUUCAGUUCCGACAGAUGGUAUUUUGACGACAACAUCAACUGUAAUCGAUGUACUGGAUAAGAAAUCAGGGGCAUUGGUAAUUACGCAAUCUGAUUCUUAUGACGUAAAUGGUACGUUGAUUGCACGUAGUCAAAGUAGUACAUUUGUUGUGGGCGCAGGAAAUUUCAACGGCAAAAGCAAAGCCAGCCCGGAAGUUAAACCACUGGUUCCAAACCCCAAACGUUCCCCAGAUACGUCAGUGCAGAUAAAGACAUCGCGAGACCAGGCUGCUUUGUAUCGGUUGUCCGGUGAUUUAAAUCCUUUGCACAUUGAUCCCGGCUUCUCUACAAUCGCCGGAUACAAAAUACCGAUCUUACAUGGAUUAUGCACGAUGGGAAUUUCCGUGAAAGCUGUUUUGAAAAACUUUGGCGCAGACGACUCGUCUUUAUUCAGAGCUGCUAAAGUGCGCUUCUCUAAGCCAGUUCUACCAGGACAAACAUUGCGCGUUGAUAUGUGGAAGGAACCAAAUAAUCGUAUUUGUUUCCGCACGGUGGUUGUGGAGACGAACACAGAGGUGCUGUCUGGCGCUUACGUGGACUUUAAGAAGAUAGUCGUUAAACCAAACAUGACUGCCGGAAAGGAUCUACAGAGUGAUGCGAUUUUCGCUGCAAUCAAGGAACGCAUUGCCGAGGACGAGGCCAAGGCAAAGUCUAUAAAUGCUGUUUUUCACUACAAGAUCACUGAUGCCGGCAAAGUUGUUAAAGAGUGGGUAAUUGAUUUGAAAUCAGCCAAGCUUUAUGAAGGCCCAGUACAAGGAAAAGCUGAUACCACACUGACAAUUUCCGAUGCCGAUUUCGUUGACCUAGCACUUGGCAAAAUUCAACCCCAGGCCGCCUUUAUGAAAGGCAAGUUGAAGAUCACCGGAAACAUUAUGUUGGCUCAGAAAUUGUCUUCAAUAAUGAAGACAGAAGCUAAACUUUGAGAUCAAAAUUUGGCAUGUAACAGCUGCGAAGUAAAUCGCUUGCGGAUGACGCUUUGUACAUUAGCGUUGUGGUGGCACAAGUGUUUAUAAUUACAUUCUUAGAAAUUAUUUUUAAGUUCAAUUAUAGUAUUUUAUAAAUGGAAAACUACAAGUUUACUAUUCCAUGUGAGCAUGCGGGAAAUUGGGGCAAUACAAACAACUAAAAAGUU